UAGGUAGCCAAGACACAUAUCUCACUGUCACUCGCUCACCAUGGCCAUACCCUGGCUCUUGUCACUCGUUUUCCUGCUGGCCCCCCUUGCCGUCGCACAGGGCUAUUCAGACGGCAAUGAUCUCUUAGAUGUCACUAUCACCAAGAGCGUUACUGAGACCGUCACCAAGUAUCUAUCGCAAUGCGGCAUAUCACCUACUCCAUUUGAGGCCUCCGAAACCACAAUUCUAUCAGGGACCACCACAGUUACCAGCACCCUUGAGUCUACCAUUUCCGUGGUCAUAACCCCUAAUGUGACUGAUGUCUCGGGUGUCCUUCCUACGGGGUUUACCACAUCAGAAUUCGCUCUAAACUCAACCCAUCCCGGCUUGAGUCGAAGCCUAACCCACUCCCAUCCCUCCGGAUUCAACUACUCUACCCCUUUAGCGAAUGUGACAACGACAUUGCCUUGCUCUACAGCUACAGGUAAUUUGAAAACUGAACCCCUUAUAACCUGUGAACGAAUGAUGAAUCUGAUAUGUAAUCUGCGAUGGUUGUAGUUUCACCCCCUCUCCUCACCUCAUCAAAAACCCACACGUUAUCUUCAACCCCGAUCCGUGGGACAUCUUCCACGGCGGCAACUACGGUGGCCCCGAGUCAGAUACCGGUCAGUGGAUCGACUACUCUCCAGGAUGGUGUGGCCAUCUUCAGUCUCUCGGGAUUGCUAGGAACGUUGGGUGUGGCCUUGAUGUUAGUUGCAGGCUUCUUGUGAGAGAAGAAGGAAAGGGGGCCGCAUCAAGAUGAAAAGGUGGAUUUGAGCUGGCUCCCUAGAGUAGUCUUGAUGUAUACUUACUGGGUUAGAUAGACCACGACAUCAUGCUCGACUAAUCCUCAUAAUGCUUACGAGCGAGGCAGGCAGGCGAUUGUCUUUAUUAUGAUAGCUGAAUUUAAUGGCGAUGGUAUUUAAGUCAAAUGAAUGUAAAGGGGCUUCGAUGGACACUCAAGUUUACUUGUUAAUACCCAUUUUCGUACGUGCCCGUUCUAUCGAUGGAGGCUCCCGUGUAAUAUUCUUACUAGGGUAAGGGGGAGGGAAUUGAUUAACUAGUACUAUUUGGUGGGUAUAUCUAUUGAGACGGGUCUACGAAGAUAUCAACGUGAAUCUUUGUCGAACUCCAGUCUCAUAUCGGCUGUAGGAUGAACCUCAGCGUUAGC